AACGAUUUGAAUUUUGAAGGUCAAAACCCCAAUUUCGGUCUUUCCCUUAAACCCUUUCUCCGCUAGUGGUGAAAUUCCCGUUGCCGCCACUCUACUCCACCGGAGAAUGCAAAUCGCCGGCUUAGUUUCAAGAUCUAGGGCGCGAUGUAUCGCCGACGCAUACCUCUUUGCCAACCGCUCCUUAUUCUCGAAAUCCCUCCGCAGCUCCAUUACCGCUCCUCUAUUUUCUCCACCCCCAACACAAUCAACCACCAGUGAUGCUUUCGGGCCGAAAUUGGGCUGCGUCCGGGCCUACCACGACGGAAGGCCUAGAGGUCCGCUGUGGAGAGGCAAGAAGCUCAUCGGGAAGGAGGCGCUCUUCGUCAUAUUAGGCAUGAAGCGAUUCAAAGACGAAAACGAAAAGCUUGAUAAAUUCAUCAAGACGCACGUGCUCAGGCUUCUGAAAAUGGAUAUGGUCGCCGUUCUUACUGAGCUCGAGCGCCAGGGGGAGGUGUCUCUCGCCGUCAAGAUGUUUAAGGUGAUUAAAAAACAAGACUGGUACAAACCUGAUGUUUACCUUUAUAAGGAUUUGAUUGUUGCAUUGGCUAGACGGAAAAAGAUGGAGGAUGCGAUGGAUUUGUGGCAAAAUAUGAGACAGGAAGAUCUGUUUCCUGACUCCCAGACUUAUACAGAAGUUAUUCGUGGUUUCUUACAGUAUGGUUCUCCUGCCGACGCCAUGAAUGUCUACGAGGAUAUGAAAAAGUCUCCAGAUCUUCCUGAGCAAUUGCCAUUUAGGAUAUUAUUGAAGGGGCUACUUCCGCAUCCCUUGUUGAGGAACAAGGUCAAGCAAGAUUUCGAGGAAAUUUUUCCUGAUCAACGUGUUUAUGAUCCUCCUGAGGAGAUUUUUGGAUUACGAUGAGGAAUUUGGAGUGCUCUGUUCUGCUUGAACCUGCUCCUACUCCGCUACAUUAUGCAAGCAAGAGAAGAAUCUUUGCUCAUCGAAUGAACGAUUGGAUCCAGGUUUUGCCUUUACUAUAUCUUAGCAUGUGUAUGUAUUUAGGCAACAUUGUGAAACUGUCAACUUCUUUAGGGGGAGAGCUCAAAUUGGUACUCUGCCAACGAUACUAAAAUAGCAGUAGCUGAUUUCUAAUGCUUCAUUUACUUUUAACAAUGUCUGGUGUAUGUUCCCUUGUUGUAAUCCUAUAUUCACCAAAACUGAAAAUGCAAAGCCCAAACAUUGAAUAAAGAUGAAAAAAAGCAUCCUUUCCUUAGUCAAAAUGAGCUUAUAUACAUGUGAA